UGGAAACUCCAUUUUGAUGAACGUAAUAUUGAAUAUUUAAUCUCAAAUGUCAAGCACCUCCAACAGGCUAUAUCAUCAGCAGUUGAGAAUGAAAGUAAUGAGCUCUUAUGGAAAGGAUACAUCGACCUUCACUAUGCUGGGCAGUAUAGAACGCAAUUUGUUAUGGCGGCACAAAACAACUUCGUAUAUAUGGCACCGAAUUUGAUAAAGGAUAGAAUGGAUGAGUUAUUCCGUCAAUGUAGAGAGAAAUUUGGGAAGACAGACUUGCAGUUGGAGGAAGCUAUUAAAUAUGGGGCAUGUUUUCUUGGAAACGGAAGACACAGUGGUAUCAAGACUCGGUCAAACCUAGCGCACUUGCAGGCUUUAUAUUUGAGUGCAUAUACAUGA